ACAUGAAAUUGCGCGUGCGCCGCCCGCGCCGCGGCGCUGCGGUCGCCCGCAAGUCCAGCGCCAUUUUCACACCGUCUCUAAGCUUUUCCGCAACCAGAUCACCAGCAUCCCCCGCUGCGCUCGGAGCUCACAAAACACGAGUCGUGGUCGAAGCGCCGUCGCCCAGCGCACGUGCACGCAGCUCGAAACUGACACAUCUUAAUCCUUCGACUGAAUAUACGAAUAUCAAAUGACACUCAUACAGAGGGUUCACGAGGGAAAUGCGCAGAGGAUGGACGGGCCGAGAGAGGACAGUGGGAAAUCUUCGAGACCCGUCAGGAACAAGCGACACACGAGAAGAUGUUUAAUUGCCGGUCAGCGGCCGCAGAAGAGGUUGUUUACGCCAGAAAUAAAAAGAUAUUUAAAAGAUUGGCUCGUGCGCCGACGGGAGAACCCCUACCCCAACCGCGAAGAAAAAAAACAACUAUCACGAGAAACCGGACUCACUUAUAUACAGAUUUGCAACUGGUUUGCAAACUGGCGGAGAAAACUAAAGAACGCUAACUCAGAUCGCAACCAACUCACAUGGGGACAUCUCAUACGCACCUACAACGAUCGCGCGCAAGGCAACGUCGAGCAGUUUAGCAUCUGCUCAGACGACAGCAUCUGGAGCGAGCCGGAAUUUUCUCAAAACCAGGAGGAGGGCACAAACACAGACGACAGACUGGACGACGAUUUCAAAGCGCCAAAAGAUUCCUACGACACAGAUGGCUCCUCCAGCUCGCUCGAAACGUUCCAAAGCUUCAAUAACAACUACAACGAAAUAGAGCGAUGCGACAAAUAUAGCUGCGAGCCCAAAACCAUAAACAGCCCUAUACUUUUGAGCAAAUGGCUAGAGAGCGCAGCGCGAUUUCAGCCUAGCGAGAAAAAUUACUCCUGGUGGGCCGAGGAGGCGAAAUCCAAGAAGCAGGAUAUAAAAGUUCAACGAGUCAUCGCAAACACGAUCAGACACGACAGAGACGAAGUGGAGGCCGCGGUCGCCUUAACAGCUCUGGCAUCAGCCACGCACGGCCUCACUGCCUCGUAACUCUCAUCAUCUGGCACAUCUGCCGAUUUAGGUAUAGCUUUAGGUUACCCGUGGUCAUCCGUCAUUGAAGUAUCCCAAUACUUCAAUGACGGAUGACCAUAAAUUGAGAUACUUUUCGCGCGAUGAUUAAAGCGAGAAGCUUGAACAUGUUUAUCCGUGCUUGUAUAAAAGUUUACUUGUAAUUUUUAUCAUGUUUUAGUUCAGUUUAUUUUAACUACAGCAGAUUUAACUCCCUAUAGUUUUACAUAGACAACUAUGUACUUACUCGUAUUUACGUUUGAAAUUUCUUUCUACAUUCGUGUCUGUACCUUCUUUCUGUCCCUUAUCUUGUAUUGUAUAAUUUUACAAUGGGUUUGCUCAAUCCGUAUUUACUAGUUAGGAAUAUGCCAAUGUUAUGAUC